AAAGUUCAAUAGCCAUAAAAGGGAUCUGUAACAGGAGAAAGCUUUGUCUCAGCCUUAAUCCCCGUACAGCAUGUAAUGGCUGCCCCGGAUUCUGCUAUUCAGAGACUGGAAGACUAAAAAUUUCCCUUGGAUGUUUCAUCACUGUCCUAUUGAUGUCUUGAAAGCCUGCACAGUGAUGGGGUCCGUAUUUCACUGGGUGACAGCUGUUCACAUACUAACUUUUCUACAGAUGCCACAUUUGAUUUCAGGUCAGUUUAAAAUCAUCCCUCCUCAGAAUCCUGUCAUUGCUAUCAUUGGAGAAGGGGUUGUCCUGCCUUGCCAACUGACAACUCGUAAUAAUGCUGAGACAAUUACUGUCCAGUGGAUACUUUCUAGAGGCUCAGAAAAAAUAGAUGUGAGCACCUAUGAUGGACCAAAUAAAGCAAAGAGUCAGGAUGAGAGAUACCGAGGCAGAACGCAGUUCUUCCAAACUGAAUUUCAAGCAGGAAAUGUGUCUCUAAACCUGAAGGAUGUCAUUGUCUCUGACAAAGGGAAAUACACCUGCAGUGUCUCUUUGGGGACCUGGUAUGAUGAGGUGGUGGUAGAACUGGAUGUGACAGCUAGAGGUGGUGAGUCUUCCAUUUUCAUGGAGGACUAUGCAGACCAGGGGAUUGGCCUCACCUGCAAGUCGGAGGGAUGGUUCCCUGAGCCCCAGGUGCUCUGGUUAGACAGUAAAGGACAAAACCGAUCAGAAAAGCCGACCACCAUCAACACAAAGACACGUGCUGGAAUCUACAAUAUUGAAAGUGCCAUUAACAUUGAACCAGGCUCAGACAAUGAAGUCUCCUGCAAAAUAAUCAACAACAUACUAAAGACAGCGAGUGAGUCCAGAGUCCUAAUUUCAGAUGUUUUCUUCCCAACCACCUCCCCUUGGAUGGCUGCUUUCCUGGUCAUUUUAUUUCUUAGCAUAGCCCUUAUUGCUGUUGUAGGGUAUAAACUGAAAAAGAAUAAUGACACAACAUCUCAAUCAGUAACUGAGAAGAAAACAAUGGAAGAAGAAAAAGAACGUCUGCUCUCCACACUAGAGACAAACAAAAGGACAGAUCAAAUAGCAAUUCAAGACAUACAAGAAAAUAUUGAUCGACUCUCAGGAGAGCUGGAGUUGAGAAGAGCUCAGAGCUAUGCAGUUCCCAUCACUCUGGAUCCGGAUUGCAAACACCCAGAACUCAAACUGUCAGAGGAUCGGAAAAGAGUCUGGCAAGAACCUGCAUCUCCUGAGCUGGAUGCAGCCUCCGGGGCCCUGCUCGUGGUGGGGAAGGAGGGGUUUAUGGCAGGGAGGCACUACUGGGAGGUGGAAGUGGGGAAGAAACUGGAUUGGGAGCUGGGAGUGCUUAGUCAGUUGGCGAGGGACAGAGUGAAAAGAGAGAAGGCAGAGAAACUCCCUGAGGAGGGAUAUUGGUCUCUGAAGAGAUCCCAGGGAGACUUUUUUUCAAGCAUAGAAAAUGCUAAGAUUGAAAAGAAGGAUAUGAAAUAUAAAGUGAUUGGUGUUUUUCUGGAUCAGGAAGAGGGAAGAAUCUCAUUUUAUGAUGCAAGACAUAUGUCCCUCAUCACAACUAUCCCUGCAGGGUUUAAUAAUAAAAUUUGGUACUACCCAUUCCUCAGUCCCAGGAACAACACAGGUGAGCAGAAACCACUAGCAAUCCUCCCCAUCAGAGCCCCUAUUCCUUUAAAGCCUCUAAGAAAGGAAAACUGAGCUUUAGUUACUUUAGAGAAGUAAAAUUCAAAACAGAGGGGAGAAGGGAAUGUAAACACGUGAAACACCAGAAACAGUAAAAUAAGCAAAUAGAAAUUGAAGAUAAAAUAAAACACAUAAAACAGAAGAAAAAGAGACAAAAACGCUUGUCAUAGGCUUGUUGACUCAGAAGUCGAAAUCAAUAAAUUCUGAAAGGAGACUUGUCUUCAUAGAAAUAUUUUUAACUUUGUUGCAUUUUUUUAAAACAGGAAAAUACUUUAAUGACAAAAUCUUGGGGGCGGGGGGUGUUGAGAUGGAGGGGAAAUGAAAGUGUGAUAUUGCCAAACAAUGUAGCAAUAGUUAGAAAAGACACUAUUAUGGAUGGCUACCCACAGAGAAGAGGAUAAAAUCUUGCAAUUAUUCAGUUGCUGAUUAGGAGUUAUACAGGAAUGGUUAUGAAGAAAAAUUAAAUUUCUAAUACAAACCUUCAAAAAGCACAUUAGCUCUCCCCUGUGACAUCUAAAGCAAUACUAGGAAGAGAGAGUUUGAUUAUGCAAUACAGAAAAUUAAGGUUAUGAAUAGAGUGUAACUUUAUGCUCUCUUGGAAGUCCGCAGAUGUUUUCUGCUGCCUUUGUAAGUGGUUAGACCUCAAAGAGUGGUGUUGUCAUUAUGAUGUAUUUUUUAUUCAACUGUCCAUAUUUCAGUAAACAUGGAACCUGCCUCUGGGUGUAUUUCACUGAUGGGGAUAAUUCUCUAACUUUGGCUCUAUUGAUCCCAGUAGUUAUAGUAGUUUUGUUAAUACAUUAUAUAAAUCUGUAGGUGCUCCUGAGUCACUAAUGGAGCUUAAGCCACACAAAAUUUAUUAUAUUCCUCAGAAACCUUGAAGUAGUUUAUACAUGACUCCUGGGCUUCAUAUUCUACUUUUCCCACACUAGCUCAAGCAGUUUAGGAAUUAAGAUGAGUCAUGAAGUGUUAGGAACUUUCUCAACAAGCAAAACCCCCUUGUGUCUCCAAAACACCUGCCCAGUUCAUCUCAAAUAAUCAAAAACAAAACUAUUCUACCGAUGGAGGAAAAAAGAGAGUAGAUUUUAAUACUUCUCUUUCUCUCUCUCAUGAUAAAAUAUAUAUUUUAUAUAAACCGAUACCAAGAGGGAGGCAGUAUAACCUAGUUAAUCAAUCUCUGGAGUGCGGUUCAUGAGACCUGGUUUCUGUUCUCAGUUCUGCUGCUCUUCUGGGUGACACUGGCGCAGUCACAGUCUCUCUGUGCCUCAGUUUCCCCAGCUGUACAAUGGGGAUAAGGAAACUGACAUCCUUUGUAGAACACUUUGAGAUCUACUGAUGAAAAGUGCUGUAUAAAAGCCAGGUGUUGUUAUUACUCUAAACACCAAAUACAUGUUCUUUUCCUCUUUUAGUCUACUUA